UUCCCAUCAUAGGGCCACUCGUCAUACUAAAACACAUCAGAGCUGAAUAUUCAGUAUUUAACUUCUCAGUGCAAUGCUGGCCUGGACGAAUAAAUAAGAAGAAUUCAAGGAUGUCGACAGCACAGAGACCAUGAAAAAUCGGACUGGUGGUUUGUCCGUGAAAGGCUCUUUGUUCCGGCGACAGCUGUGUAAGCGCUACAAGAUAUCCAUCCAUUCAUCCGUUUGAUUGUAUUCAACACAACAAUGAGUUAUGCCAACCUAUCUUUGUAGAUUGCUUUUCUUCCUGCACAUUUUGAAUAUGCACUGAGCAAGUUGCAGACAAACUCCAAUUUACAUAUGUGUAAAUUGCUUCAUUUCUGACAAGUGUCCUGUAAAUGAGAUUCUUUAAAGCCUUGCUUCUGAUGAACAGAAAUUGUUCCACAUUUCCGCUGUGCUAUGAAUUUGUUCAUUCAGUUUUGUUAUCUUUCAGGAUGCUCUCUGGUGCGGUACUAGCACACCUCCUGUUCUGGGCCGCACUGCACACCGCAGCGGCUCUUGGUCAGGCCUGCCUGUGCACAACCCUCCAGCCUGCUGGUUUGCUCGUCAACUGCACCUCUCCUGACCUCAGGGAGUUGCCUCCUCUGCCAUCAGACACCACGGAGCUCCUCGCGGAGGAUAUCGGCCUCAUCACCAUCCCCUCGGGCCUGUUUGACAAAGCGCUGGGCCUUCAACGUGUCUCCCUUGCCGGUAAUCCUUUCCACUGUGACUGCGCCAUUGAAUACGUGAGGAACUGGCUUUUGCGGAACAGAGCUGCGGUCUCUCAGGAGCCCAUAUGCUUCAGUCCCAGCUCAGUGGCUCAGAAAGCUAUCACAGAACUCACUGAUGACUACUUUAUCCCGUGCGCCCCGAGAGGUUGCGGUAGUAUCACCUCUGCUGCUGUGAUGGGAGUAAUGCUCAGCUGCCUCGUUGUUCUGCUUCUGUGGAGCCUGAGACUGGCCAAAAACUGCACCUUCACGCUUAACAUUGAGGAAAGACACUCGCGAGUCAAAGGUGACUCUUUGCAUCCACUGCGGGUGAGACACAGGAGGAGGCUGUCAGCUGUCAAUCAACAUUUUCAGCUACUCACUGAGGAUCUGGAAAGGCAUCCUGUCAACAUGGAGUUACUUCCACAGGUGCUUGAUGUGUUGCAGAAGAAACACAAUAUUAAGAUUAAGGCUAUCUGAGGCACCUAUUGGAAGACAUUUCAUGAAAACUACACUACAAAAGUUCAAAUAGAAGACUCUCCUAUAAUAAUAAAGAUGGAAUCAUUUGAAUUAUAAAUUUGAGAUAUUCCAUUUUUUUCUUGUACUUUAAGGCAGUCCAUUAUUCUAAACUAUAAACUGAUCCCUGAGUUCAUGUAAAUUGUUAUUUAAAGUCGGAAAAUGUAUUUGCAAUGUGUGUCCAAUCGUGGCAUUCGGAUUACGAUUGUGUUUGUAGGAUAUGAAUUAAGCCGAAACAAAAGAUUAUUCAUCCUACGGGGGUGGCCAUUUUGCCACUUGCUGUCGACUAAAAAUGACAUCGCAAGUGCCUCAGGGCUCAUUUUGCAAACAUCACAUUACCAAACUAUAGGCUCUGUGAUUUCUUUCCGUCGACAGCAAGUUGCAAAAUGGCCACCGACUUAAGUGGAUAGAAACAGGUGGAUUUUGCCUGCUGUAUUCCUAUUCGACAAACGCAAUAUUAAUCCUCAUACCGUGUUUAGUCUAGUAAGGCGCAUAGAACAUAAAGAAAAUUUUGGAGCUCGUUUCAGAGCAGAUAAUUACUGGUCCAUAUGGCUAAUUAAUGAUUACACUCGUUUGCAAUGAUUGCGUAUAUUUUUUCGAGUUACUCUAUUUACAAUGAAGAAAACAUUACAAAUGGUCAAAUAUGGAUAACAAAGUGAAGUUUUGAUGUUAAAGGUAGGGUUCGCGUGUAACUGUGAACAGGUAACAUGAGACAAAGAUAAAAAUACUGGUCAAGUCUCUCUUUCCUAAGUAUGCACAAUGCAAAACUACUCGGGGACAAUAUUGCACAGCCAACAGUUUGUUCAUACAGUACAGGUUUGUCAUGAUCAUGCAUAGAUUUUUAGGGGUUAAAACAUGUAAACAAUUGUGGUGCUAUGCUCAAAAGGUGGCCUCAACAAUGGUCCAAUGCUUGAUAAAAACAGUAAACUCUUGUAACAAAUAUAGGAUGAUCUCAGGUUUUUUAGUGCCAACAUCAAUGUGGACUAAAAAAUAUUGAAUAGACUAAAACAAGGCAGUUCCAUUAAAGAAAACCAGGCAACUAUCACAAAAGCCAGAUAUCAGCUUACUGCAAUAGAAGCAUUUUUUUUUUUCCUAUUCGGCCCACUUCUGAGAGUUUCAAGCCCUCAGGGGUGGUUAAACAACGUCCACAGUGAAACACGGGCGGGAGUCUACCCUCCCUUAAUCUCGUUCUCUAUUGAGGCACAAAC